AUGACGGAGCAGGAGAAGAGGAAGCAGGCUGUGGCGUGGCUGAGCCCACAGCUCUCAUCUUAUUUCAUCGCGGGGGGCGUCGCCGGAGCGACCUCACGAACGGUUGUGAGCCCGCUAGAGAGGUUGAAGAUCAUUCAGCAACCAGUACAAGGGGGUGUGGCGAGUCUUGUUCGGAUGUGGAGAGAAGAGGGAUUUAAAGGCUUUAUGCGAGGGAAUGGCAUCAACUGUCUACGGAUAAUACCCUAUAGCGCGGUUCAGUUCACAACAUACGAGCAGCUUAAGAAGUGGUUCACUGGAUACGGAGCCAAACCAUUGGAUACCCCUAUACGUCUAUGUGCAGGUGCACUAGCAGGCAUCACCUCAGUCUGCACAACAUAUCCCCUAGAUCUUAUACGGUCUCGACUGUCCAUUGUCACGGCGUCCAUACCUAUGCAGUCGGCGGGCACAUCGACAUCAGCGGCAGCCCCCACGGGCACAAUGAAACCUGCGCUCGCAUCCGGAUACCACACCGCAUCUGCCGCAGCGAAGAACUCGUCGGUCUUCACUCCCAGGGAUCUCACCGUGCUGGGCAUGACUUUGAAGGUGAUGCGGGAAGAAGGCGGGCUCAGGGCGCUGUACCGCGGGUUGAUACCCACCGCGAUGGGCGUGGCUCCCUAUGUUGGGAUCAACUUCGCGACAUACGAGGCCCUGAGGGGCAUCAUCACACCUCCGGGCAAGACAGGUGCCCAUCGCAAGCUAGCAUGCGGCGCGCUGGCUGGGUCGAUAUCGCAGACGCUCACAUACCCAUUCGACGUGCUGCGUCGGAAGAUGCAGGUGACCGGCCUGGAUGCGCUCGGGUACAAGUACACAGGCGCGUUCGAUGCAUUGAAGCAUAUCGUCAGGAACGAGGGCAUUCAGGGCCUGUACCGGGGCUUGUGGCCCAACCUUCUGAAAGUUGCGCCGAGCAUUGCCACGUCGUUCUUCACGUACGAGCUCGUGAAGGAGCUUCUGGGUGCAUCAUGA